GGCUAACCAAAGCUACAUCAAGUGACUGAUAGGCCUACUGUAUCCGAGUCUCUCAAAGACCUGAAACCGUUCUGCAAGACCUAGAAGUGAGAACGAAGAAAUCAGUUGCCUUACAUUAGCUCAUUAAAUUACAUUGGAGAUUGGAAGAAAAACGCAAUAUUUAACUGUACAGGGUACGCAACUAUGUUUGGCUCACCAGUUUAUAUGAAGCCAGAACCGUCUGCGAAGUCGAAGUCUAGUGUCUUGCAAACCAUUUACAAUGAUCCUUACAAGUGGUCACUUGUGAAAAGCGUCGUGAUGUUUGCUUCUGGAGUUUUCGGCUUUCUAAUCAUACAUGAAGCCAUGAAUGCCCCUGUGGAAGUGGUGUAAAUCUCGUUGUCAAUAAAAAUUUUAAAAAAAUUACUGUUUUCUUGAUCUUUUUUUAUUGGCACUUGUUUAAAAAUAAUUUAUUGGUAAACUUUAGGUUUGAUUUUCUUGAUGCAAUGAAAAGCAUUGACGCCAAAAUAGAUUUUGACAAUCCCUUCACUUGUGUUAAAGCUGCUCAAGAACGACUGGACCACUUGAGGGAUCGCCAGUUAAGUCGGCGUCGAAUACUUCUUCGUCAUUUACUCAGGGAUAGCUCGUUUUUAUCUAAAUUAGAUAACCGCAACCAUCGUAAUCUAACUCUGGAAACAGUACUUGGUCAUCGCAGGCCACUUCAUCUACAAUACGAUGAAAACGUCCACAAAAAACGGGCGAUUUUACCAGUCAUUUCUCGCCUCAAAAGUCCAGUACUUAGCCUUAAGCUACGUCGUGCGAUACAAUCUUUCCUACAAGAAUCCAGUACAACUAAUCAUGAUGAUAAUAAACAAAUUGUUCAACAGUGGGAUAAAUUUAGUCUUGAAGUUGUGGGCGAUAAACUCAGACAAACUUUGGCAUCAUGUUUAUCAAAAAACACAGACAAUGGUAAUCUGGGUGAUAAAGCAUCAAAUGAAGACAGUACUGUCAGUAAAACAGAAGAUCCUGGUGGUGAUUUAGUUAUCAGAACAUACAAUGGGUCAGCUGCCUUCCUUAAGGGAACUCAAAGUGCUAAUCCACAUAAUGACUAUUGUCAGCACUUUGUAGAUACUGGUGAACGUCCACAAAAUUUCAUACGUGAUACGGGUUUAAGGAAUAGAUUUGAAGAGUAUCCGAAAUUACGUGAAUUAAUUCGACUAAAAGACCAGUACAUUCAAUCAAAAGCUACACCACCUAUGUAUUUGUGUGCUGAUCUAAGAACAUUUGAUUUAAAUGAAUUAGAUUCAAAAUUUGAUGUUAUCCUAAUUGAACCUCCGUUGGAGGAAUAUCACCGAAUGAAUGGUGCUGUGUUUGAUCAGUACUGGAGCUGGGAUGAAAUUGAACGUUUGGAAAUUGAACAGAUUGCUGCUCCACGUGCAUUUGUUUGGAUCUGGUGUGGGUCUGGUGAAGGCUUAGAUGCUGCUCGUAAGUGUUUACGUAAAUGGGGUUUUCGUCGUUGUGAAGAUAUUUGUUGGAUUAAAACAAAUAUAAAUAGUCCAGGUCAUGAAACUCUUGAACCGAAUGCUGUUUUUCAACGUACAAAAGAACAUUGUUUAAUGGGUAUUCAUGGAACUGUUCGACGAUCAACAGAUGGUGAUUUUAUUCAUGCUAAUAUCGAUAUUGAUUUGAUAAUUGAAGAAGCUCCAUCACAAGGUAGUUAUGCUGCUAAAGAUAAACCAACUGAAAUAUUUCAUAUUAUUGAACACUUUUGUCUUGGUCGAAGAAGAUUACAUUUAUUCGGUCGAGAUAGUACUUUAAGACCUGGAUGGGUGACGGUUGGUAAUGAAUUGUCUGCAUCAAAUUAUGAUCCACGUAUUUAUGCCAAUAAUUUUAAUAAAGAACCGAAUGGAUUAUUACUUGGAUCAACUGAAGAAAUUGAACGAUUACGUCCAAAAUCUCCUCCUUUACGUCAUCCUAAUCCGAAUACUGCUACUAGUAGUACUCCUGGUGCUAUUUGUCCAGUUACAGAUAUCACACCUACUCCUAUCUGUCCUAAUCCUGUUUUACCUGCUGGACAUGUUCCUCAUUCAGUAUCGCCUACAUGUUCACUUGGUAGUUCGAUUGUAUCAAAUAUUUCUUCUCUCUCUGGAAUUCCGGGUCAUUCCACACGAAGAUUUGGUCUUACCAAUACUAAUAUUAAACCACUCAAUUCUAUUGGUCCACUACCUAAUUCUUCUCUUCUGGGUUUACCAUCGACCUUGCAGAAUGCAUCCAAUCGAAAUGUUUCUAGUAUAAGGGUUAAUAUACGUCCACCUCUCAAUGCACUCUCGGUCUCUAAUUCUCCACGUAUAUUAACUGCGCUACAAGUAGCUGGGGCAGCUCAUUCAAGUGCUACUCAUCCUUCUAAUUCCCCAAUGUGGUCAACUCCAAAUAAUCUUGCCGUAGCAUUAGCAGCGGCAGCCGCAGCAUCUCAUAAUUUGCCUAUCACUCCAACGCUUAACUCUUCAAAUUCAAGAACACCUAUUUCUGAUUCACCUCUGAUUAAUGGACUUAUGAAUGCUGGUAAACUGAAUCCAGCUCUUUUUGCAAUGUUAAAUGCUUCAAAUUCAAUUGGUCCAUCUGGAUUAUCUCUAUUGAACAGUAUUUUUCGAAAUAAUGCUUCUGGGAAACAUCCUAACAAUUCAUGGCAUUAAAAACAUUUACUAAUUAUGUGUGUUCACUGUACUAUUAUGUGCAAUCUGUGAACUGUUUUACUUUUGUUCUAUAUCUUGGUUCAUAAGAGUUGAGUACAUUUAUUAGGGCUUUUUCUCUCCGAAAUUCCGUUUUUUCGCUUUUCAAUGUGUAAUUUUACCAAUCUUCUAGUAGUCAGGCAGAAUUAAUCUCAUUAGUCUGACUAAGAAAUAAUAUCAGUAAUACAGUAUGUAUAAUUGUAAAA